GCCGACAAAGAAGCGAAAAGAGGCCAAGCCCAGAAGCCACAAGACAACCCUUCCCUUCCGGUUUCCUUCGGCUUCGCAGGUCUCGGGGACUCGGCUCCGAAGCAGGCGAACAUGGCGGCUGCCUGCGCGAAGACGGGAGUGCGACUCAGUUCUGCUUCUGCUAAAACGCUGUUGAGCCGUGCGUCACCAUCGUCUUCUUCGUCUAGUUUUUCCUCGGCGACGAGUAAGCUCAGGGGUCUUGCCUCUGCUACGCCGGUCUCUUCCUCGUCACGUUUCUGCACGGCCGGACGAGUUACCCUCUCGAGGCUUCCCGUGGAGUUGGGAGGAGCAUUGUCGAUGAUGCCAUUACACAAUGUUACGGCGUCUGCUUUGUCCACUUCAUUGCUGUGUUUGAGCCGUCAUAGUUGGGGUUGUCUAUCUGAAGGUUUCGCUACACCUCUAUAGCAUGGCAGCUUACUUUUCUUCUUCCGAGUUUCAUCAGGUUCAGGGGCUUUAAGACUGUCAAUUUUGCUUAAAGAUGUUUACUUGGGUCAUUAGUGUCCGGCCUUUUCAGAUUGCAGCAGUAAUAACCGCAUACUUUCACCAUCGUUAAGCUUGUUUUGAGCUCUUCUACGGGAUAACUUAGGAGAUGGGAAAAAGAGCAUGCCAAAUUAUCUUUGCUCGGACGGUUCAGCUUUUCUGACAUCAUUUGAUGCUUCCAGAAUGUCGAUAGCGUUUGGUUCUUUUCAUUUGUCAUCCCUUUCUAUCUCUGUAACUUGAAUGACUAGAGCCAUUGCUGAUUCAGUCACAAUGACUGGAUCUCUGUAGAACUGUUCGUAUAGAAACACAAAGCAGAAGUCUUA